AAAACAACGCGAAACCUGUAAUUUCGAAAAGCUUCCCUUAUCUUCUACAAACCAUUGUUUUUUCGCAGUUACAAAAACAAAGAGACAACGCAACAUGAUGGCGGGAAGCGCAACCUUGAAGCUCAAUCUCUCACAUUUUUCUUCUUCAACUUCAUCUCUACUCAAAUCCUCUUCUUCUUUCCCAUCCAACUUUCGAAUUCCAAACCCUCCUUCUUCUAAUCCCAAUUUCUUCAAGGUUUAUUCACUUUCUAGUAAUGACAUUAAAGUCGGUUCCAAUGUCGAAGUUGAUGGUUCACCUUGUCGUGUAAUAGAGUUUCUUCAUGUGAAACCUGGAAAAGGGGCGGCAUUUAUAAGGACCAAACUCAAGAAUUAUCUUACAGGAAAUACUGUUGAUAAGACCUUCAGAGCUGGAAGUUCGAUUGAUGAAGCAGAUAUAGUCAAGGAAACAAAACAGUUCACAUAUAAAGAUGGUGUUCAGUAUGUCUUCAUGGACUUGAGUACAUACGAGGAGACUCGUCUGAAUGAAUCAGAUGUUGGGGACAAAAUUAAGUGGCUGAAAGAGGGAAUGGACUGCAAUUUGCUGUUAUGGAAUGGAAAAGUUAUUGAUGUUGAUCUCCCUAUAACAGUCAAGCUUAAGGUAGUCCAAGCAGAUGCCGGACUUAAGGGUGACACAGCCCAAGGUGGAGGAUCAAAGACAGUAACUCUUGACACCGGUGCUGUUGUCAAUGUUCCGCUUUUUGUAAGUGAAGGUGAAGAAAUACUGGUUGAUACAAGAUCUGGGCAGUACAUGAGCCGUGCUUAAGAUUUUACAUCAAAUUUUGUCGUUGGUCAAAGUUCAGAGUUUCAUGAUUUAUUUUGUUCUUUUGCAAUAACAUGUAGCAUAUGUAAUAGACUAAUAGUAAACAUAGCAAAUUGACUAUGUACAUCACAAACACCGAGUUAAGAUUUUGUUGUGACUUCGAAGUUCAUUGUGAAAAUGAGGCUCUUGCUGCAUUAUUAUUUA